CGUCUCAACCACUCCAAUUUGUCUCUAUCUCCCCCCUCUCGUUCUACUCCUUUCCACCCUUCCUGUUUCUUUGUCCACUCAAUUUCAACAAUUACCGGUUUGUUGCUGAUUUUCUGAGUAUUCUCAUCUAACUGGUUGUUCUUCAACAUCCCAUUCUCAAGUAUGGCGUUUGUUACAGCACCUUUAAAUUAUGGUCCCUUUCUAAAGAGAUUUCGUAAUGGAGGACAUCCUAUUGUUGCAUUUCCUAAUGUUGCAAGAAACCUCACUAAGAGAACAUCGUGCAAAUGCUCGGAUAACGCUACUUAUACUUCUUUGUAUUUUGAGGCGGAGACUAAAAAACAUGAUUUGUUAAGAGCAGUUCAAGAAACUGAAAGGGGACUCAAAACAACUCCCGACCAACGAUCAUCCAUUGAAGAGGCACUGGUAACUGUAGAGAAGUAUGAUGCUGGUGAGCCAAUUAAUUUGGAAAAGCUAGACGGGACAUGGCGUCUUCAGUACACUUCUGCCCCUGAUGUCGUAGUCCUUUUCGAAGCUGCUAAUAGACUUCCAAUUCUUCAAGUGGGUCAGAUUUUCCAGAAAUUUGAAUGUCGUAAUCAACCUGAUGGUGGUGUUGUUCGGAAUAUUAUCAGAUGGAGCAUCCGAAACCUACUAGAGGAAAAUGAAGGUGCUACCCUGCUAGUUUCUGCGAAAUUUUCAAUGGUUUCAAAACGCAAUAUCUACCUUCAGUUUAAGGAGAUCACUUUUCAAGACAUUGCCAUAAGCGAGCAGGUACAAGCCGUCAUAGCUCCUGCCUUGCUACCACGAACAUAUUUAAGCCUACAGAUUCUACAGUUCAUCCGUUCCUUCAAAGCGCAGAUUCCUGUAACAAGCACGAGCCCUCAGAGGCAGUCUGUUGGGGGACUGUAUUAUAUUUCCUACUUAGAUGACAACAUGCUAUUAGGACGUGCAGUUGGAGGUGGAGGGGUUUUUGUGUUCACCCGAGCUCAACCUUUUGUCUGUUGACAACACUCGACUCUAUGUUCUCAUUAUUGAAGAUUCGAAGUCUUUAUACUUAACAUGAAUUAUAUGCAAUUGGAAUUCACCCAACUUUACAUUAUGUUUUGAUCUGUAAUAGUGAAAUACAAUUAUGUUUUUUGGAAUGAGUACAUUUUGGUUCAUUUGUUUGAAGGAUACCUAGUCAAGCAUUCUAAGGAUAGUAAAGCAAUACAAAGUGGUUAAAUUAUGUGUA